AUGCUGCUUCACGCUUGGCUCACCUUCGCGGCGAUGAUCCUGCCGGCGCUUGCGCUCGCCUUGGGGAGUGUCAUCCCCAACUACACCACCACGGUUGAAAAGUUCAUCAGCGUUCCUGGUUGGACGACCACUGUUACUGUUGCUGGCGACUGCACGCACCCGGCCUCUUCUUCCACGGCUUCUGCCCCGCACGGCCUCCCCUGCCUUCCCAAUGGACCGCUCUACAAGGUCGUCAAAGGCACCUCGACCAUGUGGCCCUGUGGAACUCCCAGCCCGAACGACUCGAUCACAAUAAUACCCGGGGUGUCAACUUUUACCGUUGUCCCCGAGAGCACGACCGAAGUCUUCGUCACCGCGACGGAGUUCGUUACCGUUCCCGAGUCUGAGUCCACGAUGACCUCGACUAUCUGGGUCACCAAGACUAAAGAGCCGACGACAGCUCUCACGUCUACAAGCUUCUCAACCGUGGCUUCCGGCACCUCGACCAUUUCCCAUGGCUCCCCCGCAAUGAGUGCCUCUCCUCACUCUCAUACCGUCUCCGGGGUUUCCCUCGCAAUGAGUGCCGUUCCUCACUUUCCUACCUUCUCCAGGGCUAGCAAGCACCCGCCGUCGUUCACCCCGCACACCCCUCAUGGUUCGACUCAUAGUUGGAACUUCUCCAUGGUAACCACGCGUACCCAACGCUCUGGCCACAGGGGUGGUGUAACGGUUCUUCACUCUCACACUGCCGAAGCACUGACAACUCGCACCGUCAAUGUCACGACCACCACGAGCACUACUUGGGCGGGUGUGUCCACAGUGACGUCGACGAUUACCGCAGUGGCCAACAACACCACCAGGCUGCCUUCCAUCAUGUCAACUCCAUAUGGACACAGUAGCCUGACCGCUUCCUCUACGCUUCCUACGCCCUCAGCCUGCCGUGAGGAUGGUCACUGGGGAAAUAUCACGUUUCAUUUUGACGGGCCCCAUGCAUUCGAUACUGGCGCGUCGGACUCACUUGCUCGUAUUCAAAGCCCGAACCUUCGCUUCAAUGCCGGGUAUGUAUACGCCCCGGCGAGCGUCCUUGAUCAAAUCGAGCCGGCUUCGCCACCGCACCUGGCAAUGUACCAGCCCAACGUGACAGCUGCGCACCUGUCAGUGGAAAAUGCGCUGCGAAAGGGUGGAAUCGGCGGGAUCAAAAGCUCUGCCUUCAAUUUCAACGCGCAUGGCGGAUACUUCUCCUGCUUGAAGGGUCCUAUUUCCCUAACGAACGGCCCUGAUCCCCUCAACUACACACUCGAGGUUUCUGGCUUCCGCUGGGACCGUGAUGCAAAGCAGGAAAAUCUUCAUGCCAUCUCGACGUUCCACAUGGCGCCUUGCUUGGAGACCAAUGUCAAUGCCAAGGGCAAGUGCGAAAUGACUGAGAUUGACUUCAGCAGCGAGGGAAGCGACUUUACCGGCCUGUCCUCGAUCAGCAUCAAGUCGUACUUCUGGGUCGACGUCAAGAAAGAGCAGGUGUUCUUCAUGGACGACUUGAAGCUUAGUUGGACUGACAACAGCUGCGAGGCUGGAGCCGCUCGUGGCGGGGGCGUUUAA